UCCACAUUCUCAUCAACCUGCCUGAACACACGCAUUACUUACUGUACGACUGGUCAGGAGUCAAGAGGAGUCUUGUUUUGUGUGUAGACUUUUAUCAACUUUAGAUUCGGUUUUGAGGGAUUGAGAAGGAAAGGAAAGCGGAAAGGCCACCUCGCAUUUCGCUCUCUCUUUCUCUCCUUCUCCUUCUCCUUCCUCUCACGAGUCACGACCACGACUCGCUCUCAGACUCGCUCUCAGACUACUCGCUCUCGUCGUCGCCAACUCCCUCUUCCAUAGCAGUCCCAUCGCGCCAUCGAAAGCGAAAUCAAUAUCGCAACGAUGGAAGUUGCUCAGACCCUCGUGCGCGCCGUCAUGCGCGCCUUCUACACCACCCAAGAGAUCCUGGUGGUCGAGGCGCUGGUAACACACUCGGCCCUGCGCGACGACGAGCUCGCCUACCUGAUGAAGAUGAACCUGAAGGACCUGCACCGGCUGUGCGCCUCCCUGCGCGACGCCCGCUUCCUGACCGUACACACGCGGCCCGAGUCACAGGAUGGCAAGACGCGGGCGGUCAAUCGCACCCACUACUACAUCGACUACCGCCAGACCAUCGACGCCAUCAAGUGGCGCGUCUACAAGUCCGACAAGGACAUGCAGGGGAGCGUCCAGCCCGCCGACGAGUCCAAGGAGUACUCGUGCCCGCGCUGCCGCGCCCAGUGGACCCAGCUCGACGUGCUGGACUCGGUGUCGGCCGACGGCCGCUUCACGUGCCGGCGGUGCGGCGCGCUGCUGGAGCGAUCCCAAGAAAAAGAAGCGCCGGGCCACCAGCAGCUAUCGCGCAUGAACAACCAGUUCAAGUUCAUGACCGACAUGCUGCAGCAGGUCGACCGGGUGGUGGUGCCCGAGUGCGACUUCGACAAGGCGAUGCUGACCAAGCGGCCGAUCGUGCGGGCGGCCACGCACGAGGUGCUCGCCAGCGUGCCCGUCGACGCGGCCGGGCUCGGCAAGCCGUCGGCCGUCAAGGGCCUGGCCAACGUCGGCCCGCGCGCCAUGCACGUCACCAUCUCGGACAACAACGAGCAGGAGCGCGUCGAGGAGCGCAUCCGCAAGGAGCGCCUGCUCAAGGAGAACGCCCUGCCCGCCUGGAUGACCGAGAGCUCCGUGCCCACCAACGCGGCGGCGGCCCCCACCAUGUCUUUCGACGCGGCCGGCGACGGCGACGAUGCCGACAUGCUGCCCGCCAAGCGCGUCAAGCUGGAGACGGCCCAGACGGCUGACGGCGGCAGCGCUACGAUGAGCUUCAAGAUGGAGGAUGACGAGGAGUCCGACUUUGAGUUUGAGGAUGUCGUUUGAGUCGCGGGAGGGGAGACAACGACAAGUACAAUGCGGGAAGAGAAGUUGGAAAAUGAAAGAAGAAGCAGGAGUCGAAACUUGGGGGUCUGCUCAACAAUGCCGGGCACAGCAGGGUGAUACCUUUGGCCUGUGGCGGGCUUGUCCUCUUCGACAGAGCGUGCGACCGCGACUGCGACUGCGACGGUGUUUUGGCGUUGGCUUGGUUGCGCCCCAUCGCAUCACUCUUCCCUCGUGGAGGAGGAUAUCUGAGGGGAUGGAAAUACCCGGAGACGAGAGGGAACGGUGAAGUAACUAUGGCAGAAUGCCACCAGGGCCCAUCAUGCAUGCAAAGCGGAAUGGCUUUAGGCGAGAGAUUUGUUCAUACGUGAAGGCUGGUCUUAUCAUACACGGAAACCACACACUCACACUUCUGGCGUUAAAGGAAGGCAAAAAUUGCUCGUUGGGAUAGAAUAAUAAAUAGAGCCUAAUAAACCGUAACCAGUCCAUAU